AUGGGCCGACCAGCCCGGUCCAGCAAGGCCGCGAGUAAAACUCCCUCGCAGCUCCUCGUCGAGCUGAGCGAGGACCACACAAAGAACGCCAACAACGUGCCGCUGCUGGUCACCCGGAUAGGGGCCAAAGAUGCCCAGUUGGUAGAUGUAGUGGAGGGACUGCAGUCCUACUUCCUGGCCCGACUGGAGGACGGCACCCUUGUGCCCGGCUCCACAAAGCCCACCGACCACGCCGACGCGAGCCCAGUCUCUGCCUACUCUGCCUGGCUCACGCGGCAGUACUCUGCCUACACCGCCUCCCUCCUGGCCACCCUGGAGGGUGGCUACGAGGCGGAUGCCCAGCUCGCAGCGGCCCGGGCUCUGAUGGGCCUGGUGGGCGAGGCCAGGGGCACCGACAUCGACCACGACCUGUACGCUGUGCUGCUGGAAAGGGUGCUCACCAGGGAGUCUGCAGACAGCGCCGUCCUCCAGUACCUGCUUGCCACCUUCCUGGGCUACUUGGACGUGCGAUACUACACCCUGCGCACGGUGUGCCAGCUGUGCACGGCCCUGGAGAGGCGAGAGUCCUCGGGCCCCGGCGAGUUUGCCUACUCCGCUCUGGACGUGCUGCUCAAUGCCCCGACCACCUGCCCCCCCGACGCCGGGUCCUGGUGCGGGGUGGCGGAGGGGGGUGCCCUGGCCGGGUCGGGUGCGGGCGAGGGCGCGCGCGCUCGCCGCAAGCGCCAGCGUCUGGAGCAGGCGGUGGGCGUGGCGCCGGAGCGACGCACGCGCUGGGCCUCCGACAAGCUGCAGCAGCGGGCGUACAGCGAGGCGUGGCUGGCCUUCCUGCGCCUGCCCCUCCCCGCCGACAUCCACGACCGGGUGCUGGAGGCGCUGCCCGACCGCGUGAUGCCGGGGCUGUCCAACCCGCUGCUGCUCUGCGACUUCCUGGCGCGCGCGCUGGAUGGCGGCGGCUUCGCGGGUCUGCUGGCCCUCAACUCCAUCUUCAUCUUGGUCACGCGGCACGGCCUGGAGUACCCGCGCUUCUACGAGCGCCUCUACAGCCUGCUGACCCUGGACGCCAUCCAGUCGAGGCACCGCGUGCGCUUCUUCAGCCUGGCGGAUGCCUUCCUGGCCUCCACCCUGGUCCCCGCGUACACGGUGGCCGCCUUCAUUAAGCGCUUCGGGCGGCUGGCCCUGCGCUGCGGGCCCCCCGCCGCUCUGGUGUGCAUCGCCUUCAUCCACAACCUUCUGCGCCGGCACCCCGCCUGCAACCAGCUCGUGCACCGUCCGGCGGCUCCGGCGGCCCAGGGGUCGGCGGCUGCGGCGGACCCCUACGACGCGGAGUGCGCCGACCCGGCGGCCAGCCGCGCGCUGGAGAGCUCGCUGUGGGAGAUCACCGCGCUGCGCCGACAUGCCAACCCGCAGGUGUCCACGUAUGUUGGUGUGUUGGAGCGCGACCUGACCCUGAGGUCCAAGACCAGCGAGGAGGACUUUGCGGAGGCGGCGCAGGCGUCCUACGCCUCCCUCCUCGACGCCGAGCUGAAGAAGAAGCUCAAGGCGGUGCCCACCGCCUUUUACCGGGAGCCGCCCACCAAGCUGCUGCACCCCGGCCUCAUGGCCGACUUCCCGGGAUGGUCCGUCUGA